AGAGCAGCCAUGUCCACUGAAAUCCCAACCGACGUGAGGGCUCCUGAGUUUAGGUUCUCCGUGGUAGACGUCCAUCAUGGCUACGAUGGUGAGGAGAAUCCCGAACUGGUAGCCAAGACAGCCGCCUGGAAGCCUGUUACUCCUAGUAGUACCACGGGUUCCUGCAUCAGUCCUCCACGCGUUCCAGAAAGCUGCAAUGCGACCACUGCAUGCCAGUGUAGUGCUCUUGUAGAUGAUGAUACUACUACUACAUCUUUUACGAACCAUUCGGACGACAAACUGUACGGCCGACGGGACGAAGAGGCGCGUUUGCAAGCUGCCUAUCAACGAUGCCAAUCGGCACUAAGACGACCCGAACUGACACUGAUUACGGGAGAAUCCGGCAAGGGCAAGAGUUGUUUGGCGCACUCCUUGCGGCGACGGGUGGAAGCGGAUCACGGAUUCUUUGUCUCGGGGAAAUUUGAUCAAUUGGAACGUCCGGAAACGUGCUAUCCACUCGUCCGCGCCGCCAGCAGUCUCAUUGAACAGCUCUUGGAACGAAUGACAGACACUACUACUUGUACGACAGCAUGUAGUUGUAAUCAACAGCAGCAGCACUAUCAAGCCAUUCAUCAAGCCUUGCAAGAGAUUGCCGACACGGAACCUUUGUUGGUCGACAUGAUUCCAUCAUUGCGGCAGUUCCAGACCACCACAAACAGUACCACCACUACUACCGGUACGCACCAUACUACCAGCAGUGCCGAUGCCCCCAAGAUUGUGGCAUUGGCGUUUGGUCGCUUCCUCCAGGCCGUGUGUAGUCCCGACGUACCACUCGUCUUUUUUCUCGAUGACAUUCAAUGGGCCAAGGCAGCACCACUGGAAAUUGUCCGGGAACUCUUGAUGAUGAAUACUACUAAUGAGAAUGACAAUGACAACACGACAACAACGCCAGGAUUCAUGCUGCUGGCAUCGUGUCGGGGCAACGAAGUUCCCAUGGAACAUCACUUGUCGGUAUUGCUACGAGAAUUGGAAACCACCAGUGUCGCCAUUACGGACAUUCGACUCGACAAUCUCACAUUGGAAGCGGUCAAUGAAAUGGUACGGGAUCAAUUGACAGAACUGGUCGUGUCCACUGAGACGCCCGUGGGGACCACGCGACGGCUCGCCCAACAUAUUUGGGAACAGACACGGGGAAAUACCUUUUUUACCAUUCAACUCAUUCAACGAAUACGACACGAUCACCAGCAACAAACAACUGUUUCUGUUUCUUCUCAUGAUGGUGCCAUGAUCACCAACAACAUGCAGCAAUACCACUAUGAAUCGGCAUUGGAUCUCGUCACGGAAACGAUUCUACGGCUCCCCAAGGACGUUCAAGAGGUGCUUACGAUUGCCUCGUGUUUUGGAGCCGAGUUUCAUUCCGUACUACUCGAAGAGUUGGUCGAUUUUGACAUUCGGGAAGCGCUCGAGAUUGCACAAGACGAACAAAUCAUUGCCAAAACAACUACUACUCCUACUACUGCAACAACCAGUACUAGCAGCAGUGAUUCCACCGACACUACCAACCAAAACACGGCAACCUACCGAUUCCUACACGAUCAGUUCCAGUUUGCGGCAUUCUCACUGAUUCCGCAACAGGAACAAGCCUCCAUGCACUUGAAGAUUGGACGCAAAUUGUGGAAUGAACUGAACGAAGCCGAACUGGCAUCCUUUGGAUUUGCCGUGGUACGGCAGAUUCGACUCGGAAGUCAUCUUCUCGUCGAUGAAGGGGAACGUUAUCGCGUGGCCGAUUUGUUGCUCCAAGCGGGAGUUCAUGCCACCCACACGUCGGCAUUUGACGAAGCGGCCUCUCAUUACGAAUUGGGAAUUUCGUUGCUGCCAACGCGUCGUCGUUGUUGCUGGCGCGAUGAGUACCAUAUCACGCUGCAAUUGUACCUCCGCGCGGCCGAAGUCUCGUACUGUAUUGGGAAUCACGAACGAGUCGAAGCUCUCACGGACAUGGUCCUUACCAAUGCCAGAAACAACAAAGACAAGAUCGGGGCGUCCAUUACUCGUAUGGAGUCACUCGCAGCUACCAACCAAACCAAGCGGGCAUUGGAGUUGGCUCUGUCGGUGUUGGCCGAGAAUGGAUACCGCCUUCCCAAAAAGGGCAGUAUUGCCAACAUUCUCUUUCAACUCUUCAAAACCAAGAGAAAGCUGAAGCGAUACUCCAACGAACAGAUUCGCAGAAUGCCCACCAUUGACGAUGGGGUAACCUUGGAUAUGAUGAAGAUAUUCAAUCUUGCCGUGGUGUAUUCCAUCUACUGCGAGCCAUUGUUCUUUCCCAUUGUCACCAUGGUCGCGGUCCAAACGGCACUCAAAAAGGGGCUUUGUGGUGCAUCGGCGGUCCCGUAUGCAGCAAUCUCCAUGCUCUUGUGCUGCCAUUUUGGGGAAGUCGACCUGGGGUUUCGACUGGGAAGGCUGAGCUUGGACAUUGUGGAUGAUACCAAAGCAUUGCACUGGCAGCCCAGAGUGCUGGUAUUGGUGCACACUUUUGUAUUCUUGACCAGGGACUCCCUGACAGACCAGCUGGCUCCACUGUUGACUGGACACCGACGAGCGCUCGCCAAUGGGGACACCGAAAUGGCCAUGACGGCGGCACAAUUGCGCUCAGGGAUUGGCUUGCAUGCCUCGAUUCCAUUAAAGCCAUUGAUUUCGGACAUGAAACUGUACUUGAGAAUGAUGCAAGCCCACGGCCAAACACUAUCCAUGCAAUUCCUCCUUCCGAUGCUACAAAGUGCUCUAAAUCUGGUACACGGGUCGGAAAAUCCUGCCAUGCUCACGGGUGAUAUCAUGGAUGAGGAGCAUGUGUACGUCAAGUAUUCCAAGCUCAUGAUGGCGUGUCUCUUUGGUGACUUUGCAUUGGCCGAGACAUUUGCUCGAGAUGUCCCGAAUUGGCCGAUCGUUGGCUUUACUGUCUUUAUUCGUGUUGGAAUCUUUCUCUAUGCAGGCGUGUCCCUGGCUGCUGCAUCUUCGGGCAGCAAGAGAGCACGGCUUCGUUCUGUACGGCAGUAUCUUGGCAAGCUCAAAAGCCUGGUUCGUUCCUCCGAGGGACGAUAUGAUCCUCAAGUCUGUAUCUUGGAAGCCGAAGCACUCGGGGUCCGUGGCGAGACCGAUGCAGCCGUGGCCAAGUUUCAGUUGGCCAUCGACCUGGCAAGAGAUCAAAACUUGCAUGCUAUCGUAGGUCUUGCCUGCGAAAGGGCAUGGACUAUCCUCCAACAGGCUGGUAGCUGUGUCGAGGCUAGCAAGUACCUCGUUCAGGCAACCGAGGCGUUCCAGAAAUGGGGCGCUGAUGCCAAGGUGAAACAGUUGGCCCCGUCGUUGCCUCCGGAGUGUCGACAAUCUUUCAUCGAGCAUCUGGAUGUGAGCCAAUAAUAGAAAUAGCAGCUAAUGCCUGUUCGGCAAAGUUUUAUCAUGAGAGGCAUAAACUGCCUACAUGUAGCAAUUCCGAAAUGUAGCAGUGUCUGCAUGGUGCCAUCCCCUGAAGUCUUUGACAACUGCGUCUCUUGCUCGUGGCUUCCAAAGUAAGCAAUUCUUUCCGAUGGACGAUCCUCGCCUCUCGUCCGGUAGUACCGAGGCAUGACUGUAGUAGCGGGCCGGGGCUGUCUGCUGGGUGACUGCGCCUACGACACGCUCUGGAUCUACAUGUACUUGUACCUGGCAAUGUUCGGGUCCACUGCGCAUCCCCGCUCCAGGGAGUGCAGCAUUGUUGGCCAUCCAGCACCCCAAAGCCCCACAGCAGCUCCCACAGCUAAUGAGCGGUCCCUUGAGACGGCAGGACGUACAGGUACAGGUACAGUACAUCAUGUAAUAAGAUGAUCAGAGUUUUGACAGGCACAAACAACUAUGAUGCUGAAUACUGAGAGUAGACUACUAGCUAGUACCGGCUUCAGUCGACUGCGUUCAUCGUGGCUCCGAAAGCGGGC